CCUAUAGCCACAGCGCUUGCUGCGUCCCGCCUCCGGAUAAGCAAUCUGUCAACUGUGAUUUGCGAAUGUCAGGUUUGAUUGACAGGCCACCAAUACUACAUCCCUUCGGUUUAUUUUUCUAAUCGCAGUAGAUUAGACGGCACCUCUAUAUUUUUUACGUCUAGUUAUUAAAGUGGGCUCAGAAAAAUAAAACAAUUAUUGAGUCGGUGCCGACCCCCCCAAAGGCUGGGCCAGGUUGCAAUUGCACCCCCUCCCCCUCCGUGUCCAAGAAUUGAAUUGAGCCGUGUAAAAUGCGGCGGUUUGUGGGAAAAUACAAAUGCGAUAGAAGAUGAAUGGAUUUUUGAUUGAUUAAAAAAAAUACUAGUACUAAAAAAAAAAAAAAAAAAAGUUUUGCCAAAACCGAGAAUUUGAACUUUGACCUGGCAUCGUUGUCUCCCAGGUAAGAAGAAUCGACUGUUUGUCUCAGGCAUGAGAAACCAGUAGAACACAGCAAAAUAACCGUGAGCCAACCUUGAAACGAGAAGCCUGACAACCCAAUAAAAACACAAGGCAUUUUUUUUUCUACUCUCCAUUGUUUCCUCAGAAGUGCCCAUGGCUCUGCGUGAGUCUCCCUUUGCCAAUGGGUUCAUCGCUGGCCUGCACAGCCUCUCCUGGUGGCUCAUCUUCCCCUGCUUCUGGUUUAUGGACCGGAUGAUCGCAGUCUGCCUCACCACCACGCUGGAGAAGAAGCAGCGACGGGAGGAGGAGUGCUAUCUCGGCCCUCUCAGAGUAUUCUUUGGUCUCCUUAUCUUCCUGGCUCUCUUCGUGCUUACGGCUCCUGUAGCCCUGAUUGGCUUCCUCAUGUGGGUGCCCCUGCAGGCGACACGCAGGCCCUUCAUCUACUCCCAGCGGACAACUACCAAUCCGGAGGAGGGGGCCGUAAAGAAUCUGGCAGAGGGGAGGGAAGGCUUCGGCUUUGUGACAGCCAACCUCUGCCUGCUUCCAGACAGCUUAGCCCGGUUUAACAACCUGGGCCACAGCCAGGCGAGGGCCAACCUGAUUGGUAAGACUAUCGUUCAGAGUGUCAACAGGCCCCAAAAUUGCGUGGUCUCGCCCAGCAGCGACACAAUGAGCCAUUGCAGCCGGGACAACCUCCUUGCAUCCUCUCUUUAUUAUGGGUCCAUAGACUCCCAGACCCCCAGCAGGCCUUGCUUGGGAUUUGAUUCCAGCCUGCCCUUGGAGGAAGUUGUCUGCGAAAGUGGGGGAGGGGGGGUGGGUUCUAACACCAACGCUGCCAACAUCAUUGUUGGAACAGAGCAGAAUGCUGGCGAGUCGGACAUUGCUCCUGAUGCAGCAGAAGUGACGAAGGGCAACAAUUUCAACCAGAAUUCCGACAGGUGCAAGGCUGGCUGGAAAUCUCAGAAAUUGGGCGAUGUCCCCUGGGAGAUCUCUCCAUUGUUCCCCGCCAACAUAGACUUUGUCUGCCUCCAGGAGGUUUUUGAUAAGAGGGCAGCCCAGAAGUUGAAAGACAUCCUGAGCCCCACCUUCAGCCACGUGCUCUACGACGUGGGUAUCUAUGCUUUCCACGGCUGCUGCUCCAGCUUUAAGUUCUUCAACAGCGGCCUCUUCUUUGCCAGCCGCUACCCUGUCCUGGACGCCUCCUUCCACUGCUACCCCAAUGGGAGGGGGGAGGAUGCUUUGGCUGCUAAAGGAUUGCUUUCUGUCAAGGUCCAAGUUGGUAGAAAUUCCCAGAAGAAUAUUGUGGGAUAUUUUAACUGCACGCAUCUUCAUGCUCCUGAAGCCGAUGGAGAAAUCCGCAAUGCACAGCUGACUCUGGUGAGCAAGUGGAUCAGUGAUUUCCAGGCACUCGCGAAGAGAGACGAUGAGAUUGUGGUGUUUGAUAUACUCUGUGGGGACUUCAAUUUCGACAACUGCUCCCCUUAUGACUCCCAUGAGCAGAAGCACAAGAUCUUUGAUGACUAUAGAGAUCCGUGUCGGGUUGGGCCAGGCCAGGAGGAGCCGUGGGUCACAGGAACUCUGUUGGAACAGCCUACAAUGUAUGAUGAAGAAGUUCUGACCCCGGAAAGCCUGCAGAGGAGUUUAGAGAAUGAAGCUGUGCGGAGGAGGUUCAUCGCUCCUCCCGUUGGCUUAGACGGGGGUUCCUGUGACUACCCAGAGCCUGGAGCCCCCUGGGUGGGGAGACGCAUUGACUACAUGCUGUACAGAGAGGCAACCCUCUCCCAGCUCUGCAAAACCGAAAUUGAGGAAUUCACUUUUAUCACUCGGCUUGCUGGACUGACGGAUCACAUACCUGUAGGCAUGAGACUCUGUGUGUCUGUGAAUACAGAGGAUCUGUGAGGACGACAUGAAAACAGAGCACACGCGUUACUGCAGAAUUCCUUUCAGCAUGAUACAGAAAGAACAAUUGUCAACAGAGAGGUCCAGCUGUAUUUAUGACACACAAACCCCUAAAACCAUCAUUAGGGUGCAUUGCAGGGUCGUUAUGAAGGAGCAGUGUGGAUGGAGUUGGUGGGUAAUUGAAUCCGACACACAUUCUGCCACGGAUAUUUCUAUAGAUUUUUGUGAAGCUGGGAUUUCUUACAGACUUUUCAGCGAUUUGAAGGUGAAAAUGAACUGAGACCAAAAUUUGUUCCUAAACCUACUUGCAGAUUUUAAUUGCACUGGAUUGUGAGUUUAUAAUUUUUUGUUUUGUUUUUAAGAAUUUGUUUUUAAAUAUUCUACACGGUUGAUUGUGUUUUGAAAUACAAUACAAGACUAAACUAUGUCAAAUCUGUUUAGGAUAUCAUUUUUGCCUCUGUGUCCCAUCAAAGGGUUACUUGUGUUGGUACUUUUUUGAUUUUUGUUUUUGUGUUAUUUUUUUUAUUUAUUUUUUUAAUCGUUGAAACAUACAAUGUUUUACAGACUUUUAUGGUGGGUUGAAUUCAUUUAUAUUUUGUUUAGAAGGGGGUACACAGCAAUUUCAUACAGUGUGAAGAAUAUAAAUGUAACCUGUUUUGUUGUUUGUGUGCUGCGUCAAUUUCUAUUUCAUACAAUCAAAGUGCAGUAUCUGUUAGAAGGAUUGAUCUGUGGCUAGCGUGGUGUUUAAUGCCAAGCAAAGCUUUGAAUCUUGACACAUUUGAAAAUGAUGCUGCUGUUCAUUCUGGAGAAAAGGAAAUAGGGAACAUGUGACUGAAAGAUACAGCUAUGGUUCUCAUAAGGGAGCUGCAUGCCAUACUGAGGUGUAUAUAUAAGGAGGCUUCAAAUUACUAUAGUAACAGUGGGUCUGAUAAAAACUGUAGCCUUAUAAUAGGCAGCUGUAUAAAGAGGAUCUUUCUCACAAAGCUUUACUUUUGAAAAGGCUUCUCUUCACAAAAAGAUGUGCAAAAUCAAUAAACAAAAACACUUGUUUUUCUCUUACUAAUUAUUGUGGCCAAACAAAACCAGUUACCGGUGGCAGAUUGCUUGAUGGGUUGUGCAAGAUUGUAUAAUGGAUGUCUUUUUUUAAUAUGAAUUGGUAAUUCAAUGGCACAAGUCUUUCAUUGAUUUGUAAAGCACAUGUGUGUGCAUGCUACCUGUGAAAGGCUGUCACUGAGCUUGUACAUCUAGUUUGGAAAAAAAGAGACUCAUCAUAUGUAAAAUAAAAACAUGUUGGUUUGCACUGGAAGCUGUACAAUUGCUAGAAUUAUUAUUAUUAUUAUUUUUUUUUGUUUUGUUUUGCUAAACAUGCAGCACAUAGUAUUUCCAGAGUGUGCAUGGUAGAUGAUGUAAUAAUAAUAAUAAUAAUAAUUCAACAGUAGCACUGGCCUACUGACUUACACUGUUAUAAUAAUGGAUCUCGGAGCAAAUCAUUGCACUAUGAGCUUAGUGGAUACACUUCAGCUGUCUGUAUUUUCCCAGGGUGCCAAAGAGAAGGGAGUUGAGACACCCAUUAUUAAUGAAGAUAUGGAGAUGGUGAUUGCAAAACUAAAUUGCCAAACUCUUUAGUUUGCACGAGGGUAAAUAUGUGUGAAACAAUGAGGUGGGAUACUGUCUUACUCACCAAAACAGCUAUUUUGUAUUUGCAUCUUGGUACAAAAUAAAACAAUGCAAACCUG